CUUUUGGCCCCUGAACAGUCCCCAGCCAGACGUGGGUCUGCCCAUUCAGGAUUCUUCCCAUAGAAGCUCUCAAGGAGCAGGUGUGAACAAUGGCCGCAGUACAGGAUUUUCAGGGAGCAGUGACCCUGGUCACAAGAAGUACCGGGUGACACUGUCAAGAGGGCCGGUCUCACCAUGGUCAACAAAAGAUAGCAGGGUUUUGGCCUUCUUCUGACAGCUCCUUCCCUGGAGCUGGGCAAGAAGGUGAGUGUGCCUCAAGACCUCAUGGUGGAGGAGCUGUCCUUCCGUUCUAACAGGGGCUCCCUCCUGUUCCAAAAGAGACAGAAGAGAGUGCAGAGGUUCAUCUUUGAAUAUGCAGCCAAGCAGACACAGAGCUCAGUCUGCGGAGGAGGUGAUCUGGGGACCACGUCGUCAGCAGCACCCCUGGAAGGGACGGCUACUGCCAGUGGCCCAGAUGGGAAGGAGAACUACAGGACGGAGAUCCAAAUCUUCCCUACGCCACCUCCUGGGUCUGAGAUGAGCAGCCAGGAACUUGGCCCAGGAAGGGCCCCAAGUCCCAGUGCCCUGGCCUCGGGCUAUUCCAAGCCCCUGACAGGGAUCCCUCCAGAGAAGUUCAAUCAUACGGCGAUCCCCAAAGGUUAUCAAUCCCCAUGGCAGGAGUUCAUUGGCUAUCAGGAUGGAUACAAGCACUAUCACAAGGACCACCGAAACCACACACCCAGUCCCUCAGACUACAGGAACUUCAACAAGACACCAGUACCAUUUGGAGGACCCCUCAUGUCUGAGACAUUCCCCAAAACGGAUGCACUGCUCAUCUCAAAAGAACCCAUAAGUGGCCUGGAUCUCCUCAGCUACAGACCCAGUUUCAAUCGAGUAGCCCAAGGUUGGGUGCGGUCCCUACCAGAGUCUGAAGAACUGUAACUUGAUCUUAAUUCCUGUAUUCCCACUGCUUUGCUUUAUUAGCCUUUUAGUAGGCACAGAGAUCUUGUACAAACACUGGUUACACAUGCCAGUAGUUCUGCCAUGGGUCACGUUCUGAAUUCUGAACAAGUGAAUUUUUUUUUUUUUUUAGUGAGGCAAUUGGGGUUAAGUGACUUGCCCAGGGUCACACAGCUAGUAAGUGUUAAGUGUCUGAGGCCGGAUUUGAACUCAGGGAGUCCUGAAUCCAGGGCUGGUGCUCUAUCCACUGCGCCACCUAGCUGCCCCUGAACAAGUGAAAUUUGAAUCUACCUCUGAUGUGAGAGGGUUCCAUAUACUCUGGGCCCUACCCCCACUCUCAAACUGAGGUUCUACAGUCCCUAGCAAACUAGGAAAAAGAGAGAAAGAAAAUUAAGAGUUUAAACAAAAUAGGCUAAAUCGAUGUAACCCAAGCCUUGACUUAGUGGGUUUUUAAAAACUGUAGCACACUGCUCAACAAAGAUGUUAUUCUUACAGCAAAGCAGUUUUUAAAAAUUCUGCCAUAAGUAUACCGUGAGAUCGCUGUGGGUGAUGGAAAGACCUAAGCCCAGGGGACAAAGAAAAUUUCUUACUGAUGUAUCCACCUUCUUAAUUGGUCAAAUCUGCCAGGUGAACUUUACCUCCCUUUCCCCCUGGCAGGAAGCAGUAUGAUUUCAGUGUUUGGAGUUAAAUGGGAGAGUGAUUCCCAAGUCUUACUAAAGAGAAAGCAUGAAUGGAAGUCCACUCCUGUGGGUGUCUUCUGUACCUUUACUGCAUUUUACUGCAAUGGGUCAGGAAGCUUUAUGCUUAGCUCUGCAUUUAAAACAUCACUUGUUUUACCACGAGUUGGAGACCAAUUAUUAAAAUACAUGUGACAUAUAUGGGGGGUGGGGGAGGUAAAUAAAAGGGAGAAAGACUUGCAUGUCACCUUUGCUGGUAUUGGGUCAUUCUUCUAAAAAGUGACAGAGCAGCCAAGUUCAUCCACAGUGAGACUGAGACACCAAAUAGCCAGACCUUAGUUCUUAAGUCUGAUAGGGCUAGGAACACAAUUCACUUUUGGGUAAACUCUGCCUUUGGUUAGCAGAGUUCCUAUUGAUUCUCUGACCUAAAAGCCCUCUUUAACAUUUGAGGGGAAGAACUUCAAGAGUAUCCUGGCUAAUACAGAAAGGAAAUUCAGUCUUCUCCAUGACAAACUACAUAUAUGCUCAACUCUCUCAGAUGUAGCAACAACUGUAUAUCACAGGUGUAUGGAGGCCAUUUUGUUCAUCUCUGAGCUUCUCUUCUCCAGGGCUGGGGAAAAGUCUCAUCAGAAAAAAAUCCAAUAUACAUUUCUAAACUAAAAUCUCAUACUAUUCUAAAGAAAUACAUAUUUGAGAGACUUUAUUCCUGUUAAUUACUUAAGAAUAUGUCUUGCAGGUACUGCCACUCAGUACACAUCCAGUAAAAAAAAAAAAUCAAGGUGUUGGGUACAGCAUAGAUGCAAACCUCAAUUCAUACGUGAAACAAUAUCAUCCAUGCAACACACCUGAAACCCAAAUGAAAUUUAAACCAAAGGCUCUGGAGAGAAGAGUCCACGACGCUCCCCUUUAAACAACCUGGUUUCCAACUAUUACUAUAAGCUCUAUGUAGACUAAGAGGAAGCCAAUAUUAGCAGGCAGGCUUUACAACUGUCACAUUGGUAUAUCCUAGGUUUCACCUUGAAAAUGGGGAAAAGAAUCCCUUCCUUACCUUCCUCACGAGUGGUGUUUCAUGAGGUUAAGAUCCAAGCAGAGUUGAAGGUGCCUUGAAAAGCAAGAAA